UGUGCUCUUGAAAGGCGUCCGGUAGCUGAAAGGGAAGGGAAGGGAGUCAGCGCCGGUGACUGAGGCGGCGGCGAUGACUGCGGUGGCGCGGCUGUUUGGCGCAGUGGCGAGGCGGCUGGUCCUCGCUGAGCGGAGUGGUGGAGCUUUUUAUUCUUCUUCCCCUUCCUUUUCACCGGCUUCCGAGGGCCUGCCGGCGCUGUGCGGUCGGGGAGACAAGAGGACGAAGAAAGGGAAGAGGUUCAAGGGGUCGCACGGGAACGCGAGGCCGAAGAAAGACCAUAAGAUUAGCAGGAUCAAGGACAAGGUGGAGGUUCCCAGGUCCACCCCUUGGCCCCUCCCGUUCAAACUCAUCUGAGAAUCCACCUUCCUUUCUGGUUCAAUCGGACCGGAGAUGGAUAGUUAUUCCGGUUUUGAUUUCCUCUGUCAACCGCAACUCUUGUUUAGUAAUAACUAAGAAGGUUUUGUGAA